UGACAACAGCCCUGGACGUAGCAUCACUAUGAAGCUGCUCAUGGCCAUCCAGCUGUUUGGAGCUAACCUGGAUGACUACCUCCACCUACUGCUGCCACCCAUAGUGAAACUGUUCGAUGCCCCUGAUGUCCCCCUGCCAGCCCGCAAUACCAGAUCUUUAUCCCUAUGGUGAACAAAGUAAUGUUGAAACACCGCAUCAAUCACCAGCGCUUCGAUGUUCUCAUCUGUUGAAUUGUCAAGGGCUAUACUUUGGCAGAAGAGGAAGAGGACCCUCUGAUAUUUCAGCAUAGACAUUUACGUGGUGAUCAAAGUGAAAAUUUGGUUAGCAGCCCGGUCGAAUCGGGACCAAUGAAGAAACUGUACGUCAGCACAACUGCUCUUCAGAAGGGCCCACUUCCCUUGAGAGAUGACAAUGGAAUUGUUCUGCUCGGGGAGAGAGCUGCUAAAUGUCGGGCUUACGCCAAGGCCCUGCACUACAAGGAACUUGAGUUUCAAAAGGGCCCUUCACCACUCAUUUUAGAAUCCCUCAUCAGCAUCAAUAAUAAGCUCCAGCAGCCAGAGGCAGCAUCAGGGGUGUUGAAGUAUUCCAUGAAACACUUUGGAGAACUGGCCUGUCUGCAGCCAGGAACCUUCUAUUUUGCAAGGCCCCAUAAGUAAUGUUUUUUCCAGGCAGCUGGGAAAGCACUUCAUUUGUUCCAGAUCCCCCAGCCCAGCUCCAGAAACCCAUAUGAGCAAUGUCUCACAGGGCUAAUCAUGGGGCCCCUUUUUUCACAACCCCCAGCAAUGACACGCAUGGUUUGCUUGUGUCUGUGUCAACACUGUUAGCCUCAAAGGGUCCAUUUGUUUUAAAGGUGCACCAUUUCAAGAUGAGAUAUGAUGUCAUGGCUUUUUCUAGUUUAUCACAGCCAGAGCUGUGGCAGGGGCCUUUUUGGUGAAAAGUUUCCGGCAUGGACACAGACAGAAGCUCUCACUGACCUUUCACAUUUUCACAACACGUUUGGUCUUUAUGAACUGUAGGAGUGCUUGUGAUUUGCCAGAAACAAUAAUUCGAGAACAAAUGCUGACAUCUCAUUGUUGUGUGCAGUGCAGGUACUGAAUCCUGUUAUUUUUCCACACCCUUUUUACCUGAUGUACACAAUAAUGCUGUUAAUUUGUACGUUUAAUCAUUUUCAUGUUUUAUCUCUUUAAUAUACAGGUGUGACAAAUUCGAUUAAUUACAGAGGAUUUGAUACACCUGUCAAUGCAGGUCUAACAGCUGAAAAAGCAUGUCAGAGCAAAAAAAAAAAAAAAAAAAAAAAAGAAAGAGAGGU